AUGUUUGUAGUCUGUCGAUACGGGUCGGUAAUCACGGUGCCACUUCAGUGUGCUGAACGCUGUUCAAUUCGUCUGUGGAAUGGUGCUCGUUUCAAGCUCAGCGUUAUCACCGUGGUUUUUCGUUUUGUCAGACAGUUUUUCACGUUUGACAACGCGUCCUCUUUCAUGAGCCUCAGCUCAGAACACCUGCCUCGUUCGAUUUUCGCCGAUUACCUACCUGCCAAGCCCCAGUUCAGAGCCAAGCACGAACAAGGCUCGUCCAUCGAGCAGCGUCUGCCAGACGGUCGCUUUCACGCUAGAAUCAACACUGGCCCAGUCGACGACGUCCCAUGUUUAAUUAACGGCGUAAAGCAUGUAUUCACGUGUCGCAGCCUCAAGUCGCCGUGA